CUCAAAUGCAUCUCUUAUUCCCUCCCAAAUCCAAAUUACCCUCCAAAAUUUCCGAAUUAUUUCAAUUUAAUACUUCCAGAUAUGCUUAUUUAACUGUACUUUGAAGCUGAAGCUGAAGCUUUGCUCCAAAAAGAACCCACCAUCUCCUCACAUUUUCUCAAAGUUUACCCGAUUCCAUAGCCUCUUUCAACCCUCCGAUUUCUCUGAACUCAAUGGAUCGGGUGGGAUCCUCCCGUUCCCAACGUGUUUCCGGCGAGGUCCACGUCAUCAUCGGACCCAUGUUCGCCGGCAAGACCACCUCUCUCCUCCGUCGGAUCAUGUUCGAAGGCAACAACGGCCGAAAUAUUGCGCUGAUAAAAUCAAGUAAGGAUACCAGGUACGCUAUUGAUUCAGUGGUAACUCACGACGGUGUGAAAUUCCCAUGUUGGGCUUCGUCGGAUCUCCUGUCGUUUCGACAGAAGCUCGGGGAAGAUGCUUAUGAAAAGCUGGAUGUAAUUGGUAUAGAUGAGGCCCAGUUUUUCGAAGAUCUGUAUGAUUUCUGCUGCGAAGCUGCCGACCAAGAUGGCAAAACUGUAAUUGUUGCCGGCUUAGAUGGGGAUUAUUUGAGAAGGAGCUUUGGGUCAGUGCUGGACAUAAUUCCCUUGGCAGAUACCAUAACAAAGUUGACAGCAAGAUGUGAGGUGUGUGGGAAAAGGGCGUUUUUCACAUUCAGGAAAACAGACGAGACCAAGACAGAAUUGAUUGGGGGAGCAGAUGUUUACAUGCCUCUUUGUCGACAGCAUUAUGUCAAUGAACAAACAGUUGUAGAAGCUGCCUGGACGGUGCUUGAAUCAAGAAAACUUCAUCAUCAGACUGAAUCAUCAUCUCAUGUUGAAGCAGCUGGUUCAGCUCUUUAAUCACAUUCUUAUGACAAGAGUGCAUUCAUUAAAUCAUCUAGAAAAAAAAAAAAUUUUGGGGUGGUCUUGUUGUUUUAGUUUAGCUGAAUGCCUUUUUUUUUUUUUUAAUUUUAACUUGAAUGUGAGCCGUGCAUUGCUGUGGGGUCAAAUUUUUUUUUUGUUGGUCUGAGCAAAUAAUGUUUAAACUUUUGGAAAAUAUUUAUAUGUUGUCUUGUUUAUAUA